CGGAGCAGGAGUCGGCGCGUCGAGCAUCAAGCAGCAGGCAGCAGCAGCAGCAGCGCUCGGGGCACCUCGUCGAGACCCAAGCGCACGCGAGUUCAGAGGCAAGGGCAUCCGUCCGUCGACUGCGGCGUCCGCUCCGUGGCCUCGUUCCUUCGCCGGCGGUGGACGCGCCGCGUGUCCGUCCGUCCGUCCGCCCGCCUGCCCGCAUUGCUGUUGUUGUGUUACUGUAGUGAAGUGUCGUAAGAGAUGACCAGGAGGGAAGACGGCCGCCUUGGCCGCGCGAGGCGCAGGUGCAGUCUGCUGCUCGUCGCUCUGGCCGCCGCCGCAGCAGCAGCGCUGCUAGGGCCCGCCGCAUCGGCCCACGUUCAGCCGUCUUCUUCUACCGCCGCCUACUCGUACGCCGUGGCGCAGUCCCCCGACGUGGUCGUGGCCGGCGGACUGGACGGCCGCGUGUACGCCGUCAACGCCUGGUCGGGCGAAGUGCUCUGGUCCUUCGACUCGGGCGGCCCCAUGGUGGACUCGUCGCAGUGUCUGAGCGUGCACCAGAGCCCCGAGAUGCCGCCCAGCUACCACUCGGCGGCUGCGCGCGAACACGAACGCGAACAUGCUCAUGCUCAUGCCCCAGCUCAAGCCGAAGCCGACGUGGACGCCGACGGAAGCGUCCGCGUGGCGGCCGCAGACAAGCAGGUGGAGGACCGCUCCGUGAUGCAGCACCAGACGGCCUCGGCGCAGGCCAUGGCGGCCAGCGCGGCCUUUAUGUCGCAGUUGGUGCCGUCCUACGACGGCCGACUGUACCACUUCUCCAAGAGCAAGGUCAAGGAGCUCGGCAUGACCAUGGCCGACAUUGUCAAUGUGAACGGCCCCGUGCGCGUGGCGGUGGAUCCGACUACAAGCGGAGACGUGAAGGGACCCAGAGUGGAAGGCUCCGCGGCGGCAGACAUUAUGCUGUUCGGGGAGAAGAAGCUGGAGAUGUUUACGCUGGACGCAGUGAGCGGAUUCCGUCGCCCGUAUUCGUCGCCCUCCGCCGCAUCGACCGCGUGGUCCAGUGAGAUCCUGUUCGGCCGUUCGGAGUUCACGACGCGGGCUGUUCACUCGCGCAACGCGUCGUCGACGCGGUGCUUCAAGAUUUCAGAGUUCUUCUUGGACUUUGCCCAGCAGGCGCACUGUUCUGUUGGAGAUGGCGGCCACAACAUGGCCCCGGAGAUCCUCGUCAUGCCCAAGGACCCGAACUCAGCUUUGGAAGACGAAGGCUCGACUAUUGUGGCGUUUGACCCGUGGACAAAUGAACAGCUAUGGGAAUUCGAGGUGCCUGACUUCGAUGUCCUUGCUGUCUAUGGUGUUUCUACUGCGCGUGGAGCUACCUUCUACAAGUGGAAGGUCGAUGGUCCGUCCUCAACCGCGACCAAGCAAGGACAACGACCAGCUCAACGGCCUAUGCUUUUGGGAGUGACGACAUGUGGCAUGCUUCUAGCUUGGGGCUGCUACGUGAAAGGUCUUUCAGCAUCGUUGGCACAGUCGGCGAUCAAGAGCAUGGACCAAAGCCAGUUCUUCACGUCUCAUGUGCACCGCCUCACUAUCCAGCGUCCAGGAGAAGAGGACAUUGUUAUCUCAAGUGUCAUUAGUCGCUCACUCAUGAUGAACACGUUGGGAGUGAACAGCCAGGUGCCGCUGUUGGAGAAUGGUGAGCCCGUGAGUGUGUUGUCAACUGAAGUCAGUGCUAGUGUUGACCCUGCGGCCGAAGGAAUGCUCAUGGAGAAGUUCUCGCGUCUGGCUGCUAACGAAGCUGCCGCAAUCCUUCUCGGUGGUGGCAACGCUGGUGUCAAACACAAGUUGCUCGAAGCUGAUCCAGAUGCAGAUUCUAACGCAACAACAGCUACAUCUACCUCCUCUUCCUCAUCAUUAACGGACAUGAUUGUCCGAGGAAUCUCGACAUCGUCUUCUACACUCCGGGUUUCCAACCAUGGUUCGGCUCGCGCAAGCAACAGGCUGGUGCUUCCGUACGCAGAAGACAAGUACCAGACGAAUGACAACGUUUCAGACGUGUACGAAUUCAAGAUGCUCCCAGCCAGCGAGGAGGCAGAGUUUCUGUCACCUAACGCCGACAACGUAUUUGACGGCGAUCGGUUUGAACUGGCGGAUUCGGAUGAUGAAAUGUUUCCCGAGGGUGAAGAGUCGGCGGGAACGCUGAAUGCUGCAAAAUCGAUUAGCUCGUCAGGAGAUUCUACUACUGGUAGUUGCUGCAGUAACAGUAGCAGUGGCAGUAGCCAAGCUAUGAGCAAGUCGAACGACACAGCGGGUCUUCUUGCGGAAGAACGGGCAGAUGAAACCACUGAUGAAAAGUCCAGCGAGGAGAAGUCAAAUGCGCAAGAAUCGUCGGAAUCGUCCUCAUCCGACUCCGGUUCCUCUCCCAAUGAGGCAGAAGUGCUCUUCCCGUUUGUGUGUCAAAGUCGCUUUGUGAAUGAGUUUGAAGAAUUGUCUGCGAUUGGCAAGGGAGGCUUUGGCCAAGUCAUGCUCGCCGAAAACCGCUUGGAUGGACGCAAGUAUGCCAUCAAGCGGGUAGGAUUGAACCUGAAGAACCAGACAUCCAAGACAUUGCAGAAGUUCUUGCGGGAAGUGAAGAUUCUGGCGUUGCUCGACCACCCCAACAUCGUCCGGUACUACCAGGCGUGGUUAGAGAAGGUCGAAGAAAGUGCCAAGAGAUCAUCCGUCGUACCGUCUUCGGUUGCCUCGGACACGAGCUCGUUCGGCGGCCUAGCAAACGCCCAAAACUACUCGAUGAGCAAUCUGUUGGCGCCGAUCUCGGAGCUCGAGUUUUCCGGUAACCAGCGACAGCUUGAGACGUUCUACAGCAACGGAAGCAUGAUGAGCGAUAAUGACGACGAUGGCUUUGAGUGGGAGCGUGGAUCAUCGUCUGGCGUAGAGGAUGAAAAUGGGUGGAAGGAGGAAGACCUGGUCGUUCAGAAUAAGCCUCGCACAAAAAACGUGCCGUCUCGGGUAUCGUCUUCGCGCUCUCCAGGUGCUCUUGGCAGUGAAGAGGAUUCUUCGUUCAACGCUGCGGAGAAGUGCGACCACUGGCUGUACAUUCAGAUGCAGUACUGCGCCGGCCGCAACCUGGCGGACUAUCUAGCCGUGCCCACUCGCCCAAUGGAGUUGUCGAGAAUGCUCAAGAUUUUCGUACAAAUCGCCAGCGCCUUAGCACACGUGCAUUCUUGCGGGCUGAUUCAUCGGGAUCUCAAGCCAGCGAACAUUUUCGUCGCGGAUGUGGAGAGGGACGAGAUCAAAUUGGGAGAUUUCGGGCUGUCACGCUACGCUGCGAACGUGAACAACCUGAACGCAUCGGCCACCCUCGAUGAUUCCCAGCAAGGGCCUCCAAGCUCUGGCGGUCUAAGGGAGACCCCGUUGUCAAUGUCUGUGUGGUCAAACAUGUCGGAGAGCAACGAGGUCACGGCGGGUGUUGGCACGUAUCUGUAUGCGAGUCCUGAACAAGUCGCUGGCAAGAAGUACAACGCCAAAACCGACGUCUACUCCCUGGGAAUGAUCCUGUUCGAGCUGUGCCACGAGCGGUUCGGGACGACAAUGGAGCGGUACAUCACUCUCCGCGACGCGCGCGACAGCAAGUUCCCUGCCGACCUCCGCGCGGCCAAGAGGUGCCCUGAAAUCCUGGAUAUGCUGCGCAAGCUUCUGAGCCACGAUCCGGCUACGCGGCCAACCGCCGACGAGGUUGUGCAGUGGGGGCAGAUGAUGUACGAGACCAGCCUGGCGCAGAAAGCCAUGGACGUGGUGCGAUCGCCGCGCAACUUGGACAUCGCACGAGCUACUGGCGGCGCGUACCCGUUCGUCCCCGGCAUCGAGCACUUGAUGGCUGGAGGCCCCGUUGAAGUCGUGGCCACUACCACGUUCUCGCUCAAGGUGGAGGCUGUGAUGGAGCACUCGAGUGGCGACGAAGGCGGUGAGCGCCGCUUGCCCAACCAUAAUUUAUUGAAGCAAGUGUGCGAUGUGAUCGCCGGCGUGAGCAACGGCAAGGUGGAGAUCAAGAAGUGCGGGCUGCACAUGCAGAGCGAGGGCGUGACGAUCCUCGAGUUCGAGCUCGACCCGCAGGCUGCGAUCGCAGAGGCUCCAGGCAGCGACGUGGAAGGCACCGUGGUGAUGGCCAUCGAGGCGCUGGCUGGCGUGCAGAUCGUGCACCGUGUGAGCAAGAUCGACUGA